GGAGAGAGAGUGAGAGAGAGAGAGAGAGCGAGAGAGAGAGGGAGAGAGGGAGAGAGAGAGCAGUCGGCCCAUUGAAGAAAGAUGGCUACAGUCACAGCGAACGGAGUGCAGCAAGAGAAUGGAUUCAGCACCACGAACAGCGCCGGCAGGAUGAACGGGCUCACAAUCGGACAGAACACCAUUCCCAUGAAGGACCACGACGCCAUCAAACUGUUUAUCGGACAAAUACCGAGAAACCUGGAGGAGAAGGACCUGAAGCCCUUAUUUGAGGAAUUCGGGAAGAUAUACGAACUUACCGUGCUGAAAGACAGGUUUACAGGAAUGCAUAAAGGAUGUGCCUUUCUAACAUACUGUGCCAGAGAAUCAGCACUGAAGGCCCAGAGUGCACUGCACGAACAGAAGACCCUUCCAGGGAUGAACCGACCGAUCCAGGUGAAGCCAGCAGACAGCGAAGGACGAGGAGAAGACAGGAAGCUGUUUGUGGGGAUGCUGGGAAAGCAGCAGAGUGAGGAAGACGUGCGGCGGCUGUUCGAGACCUUCGGCCAGAUCGAGGAGUGCACCAUCCUGAGAGGGCCUGAUGGGGCCAGUAAGGGCUGUGCCUUUGUGAAGUUUUCCAGCCACGCAGAAGCACAGGCGGCCAUCAACACCCUGCACGGCGGACAGACCAUGCCAGGGGCGUCGUCCAGCCUGGUGGUGAAGUUUGCGGACACGGACAAGGAGCGGACCCUUCGCAGGAUGCACCAGAUGGCCGGGCAGCUCGGCAUCUUCAGCCCCAUGACCAUCCAGUUUGGAGCCUACGGAGCUUACACGCACGCUCAAAUGAUGCAACAGCAAGCAGCCAUCAUGGCCGCCGCCCAGGGCUCCUACCUUAACCCCAUGGCAGCCAUCGCCGCGGCCCAGAUGCAGCACAUGGCCUUCAACGUCAACGGCCUCAUGGCUGCCCCCAUGACACCCUCCUCAGGCACCAGCACUCCUCCCGGUAUCAGUGCCACAGCCGUGCCUAGCAUAGCCACUCCCAUCGGGGUGAACGGCUUCAGCGCCCUCCCCCCGCAGAGCAAUGGCCAGCCUGCCUCCGAGCCCAUUUACGCCAACGGGAUCCACCCCUACCCAGCACAAAGUCCUACGGUUGCAGACCCUCUCCAGCAGGCUUACGCUGGUGUGCAGCAUUACGCAGCAGCCUACCCCGCCGCCUAUGCGCCAAUCAGCCAAGCGUUUCCGCAGCAACCAGCCAUCAUUCCCCAGCAACAGAGAGAAGGGCCAGAAGGCUGCAACCUGUUUAUUUACCACCUCCCCCAGGAGUUCGGAGACGCUGAGCUCAUGCAAAUGUUUCUGCCUUUUGGCAACGUCAUCUCUGCCAAAGUGUUUGUGGACCGGGCAACCAAUCAGAGCAAAUGUUUCGGCUUCGUCAGCUUUGACAACCCGUCGAGCGCUCAGGCUGCCAUCCAGGCCAUGAACGGCUUUCAGAUCGGCAUGAAGAGGCUGAAGGUGCAGCUCAAGCGGCCAAAGGACGCCAACCGACCUUACUGACCCGUCUGCCAUCCGCGCCAGGAUGAAGGGCCUCGAAAUCUAUUUCCACAAGUGCAGUAUAAGUACAAAGACUUCUUGCUCUGCUACAUAUCAUGAAGGAAGUGUGGUCCCUUGAUUAUUCGGGGAAGAAACCGAGAGAUUUGGCGACCGAGGAAAGUAAACCAGGAUAAAGUUUUUUUGGUAUUGAUUUUUUUCUCUUUUUUUUUCCCUGCCUUUCUUGCCUGUUUUGCAUCGGCGUUUGUGGAAGAGGAUUUUUUGCCAAGACCAAGUUUUCGCUGCUGUUUAGUUUUUUGUUUUUUUUGUAGACAGAAAUACUUUAUAGACACAUAAUGCUGAAAGCAUGCAAAUGCACACACACACACACACACACACACACACACAUAUACGUACAUACACUCA